UUUGAUUUACUAUUCUAGGUAAACAGGUUCUCUCUCUCUCUCUGAUAUGGAAUAUAAAGUUUAGAACAAAACAAUUUAGAAAUUGAGAAGGGUAAAACAAGAGGGAGAAGGUAAAGGGAAGAGUUAAUCAGUGAGAGAUGGAGGAUCAAAGAGAUUCUCCUCCAAGUAGAGACAGCGACCCAGCUCUUGUUCCUAAUUCUCCUCGAAAACCAGGGGGAUGGAAUGCCAUUGCAUUUAUUCUAGGCAAUGAAUCGUUUGAAAAGUUGGCAUCGAUGAGUUUGAUAGCAAAUAUAACGGUAUAUUUGAGAACAAAAUAUAAUAUGGAAGGAAUAGAAUUAGUGAAUGUGGUGAGUAUAUGGUCAGGAUCAUCUAAUAUAACCACAUUGGCUGGUGCAUUCCUCUCAGAUGCUUAUCUGGGUCGCUUCCUUACCCUCCUCUUUGGAUCUAUCUCCUCUUUUCUGGGUAUGGGAAUGGUAGCUCUAACUGCAGGCAUACCUGAUCUCCGGCCCACCCCUUGCGAAGGGGAGCCCAAUUGCCCUGAGUCUCAGUCAUGGCAGCUCGCCUUCCUCUUCUCUGGUCUCGCCCUCCUUGCCAUCGGUUCAGGCGGAAUCCGUCCCUGCAACAUCGCCUUCGGAGCCGACCAAUUCGAUACCAAAACCGAGAAAGGGAGAUCCCAACUCAAGAGUUUCUUCAACUGGUGGUACUUCUCAUUCACACUAGCUCUCUUAGUAGCUCUCACUGGAGUUGUCUACAUCCAGACCAAUGUCAGUUGGGUUCUCGGUUUCGCCAUCCCAACCGGCUGCUUCGCCCUCUCCAUCCUCAUUUUCUUGCUCGGCCACCAUGUCUACAUCUACAUGAAGCCUCAGGGAAGCGUGUUCGUCGACAUUGCCAAAGUAAUCAGCGCUGCACGUAAAAAAAGCAAGCUAACAUUAAGUCCAGACUCUGAGUUCUACAAUCCUAACCCGAUUGAAUCGGAUCAACAAGUAGUUACUAUGCUUGCUCGUACCAAUAGGUUCAAGUGCUUUGACAAGGCUGCUCUGAUUGUUGACCCGAGUGAAUUGAAUCCGGAAGGUGUCCCCAAUGAUAAUUGGAGUCUAUGUAGUAUCCAACAGGUCGAGCGAUUGAAAUGCUUGGUGGGCGUCGUGCCUGUUUGGUUCACUGCAAUCGCAUGUUUCGUUUCCAUGGACCAAAUGAACACAUUGGGGAUCCUCCAAGCAAUUCAAUCGAAUACUUUGAUUCAUAACUUCAAAGUCCCACCCGGGUGGUUGGGAUUGACAUCGAUGAUUGCCCUAGCAACGUGGAUUUUCAUUUACGAGUGCUUGUACAUCCCUUUCAGACAGAGAACCACCAAAAGAGAUGAUGUUAGAUUGUCAACAAAACAUAAGAUCAGGAUUGGCAUUGUAAUGUCGAUCCUGUGCAUGCUCGUGGCAGGUUUCAUGGAAAGAAAGCGCCGCGAAGCUGCUAUUGCACACCACUCUUUCAUUUCGCCAGUUAGUAUUACCGUGCUAUUGCCUCAGUUUGUCCUGUCAGGCUUGCUUGAAGCAUUUGCUGCUGUUGCCAUAAUGGAAUUCUUCAACAACCAGUUUCCAGAAAGCAUGCGAAGCGUUGCAGGGUCGGUUUUUUUCCUCAGCUUGUCAAUGGCCAGUUACUUGAACUCUGUAAUUGUCAAUCUUGUUCAUGAGUUAAGCGGGAGGGGCGGGAAGGAACCAUGGUUGGGUGGUCAUGACCUUAACACCAACAAGCUUGACUACUUUUACUUCCUCAUUGCUGGAUUGGGAGUGAUCAAUUUCAUGUACUUCAAUUUCUUUGCUAGUCAUUAUGUGUUUACUGACCUUAGUACAAGAACGGAGAAAUCAGAGAGCUCAAAUGAAUCUAGUUCUUGAAAUCAACAACAAAGCAAAGAGGAAGGACAAGAAGCUAUGCCUAUAGUACAGUGCUAUAAACUCCAACAUUGUUGCAAUUAUAUAUCUUUUUAUGUCUCUAUAUAUGUUGUGGUGAUUCUCACAGUACUUUGCCAAUAUAAGGUUCACCAUAAGUUUAAGCACACAUGACACAACAAUCAAAAGGGACUAUGGAGCUCUUUGAUUGACUAAUGUAAUGAUCCAUGGUUGGAGCUAUGGCUCUUUACUGAUAUUUUUUCUGUCAUAGUAAGCUAAACGCAAUUUCAUUCUUUAUUUAGUUUUGUGAAAGAAUUGUGUAUUUCUAUUUUUUUUUUCAAUACGUAA